CGCGGCGGGUCCUUUGCGCCGCGGCAGCUGAGGCCCCGCACGUGGCGCAGGCGCAGUGUCCGUGAUUCGCCAUGCCGACUGUCAGCGUGAAGCGAGACCUGCUCUUCCAAGCUCUGGGCCGGACGUACACUGAUGAAGAAUUUGACGAGCUAUGUUUUGAAUUUGGUUUGGAACUUGAUGAAAUUACUUCUGAGAAGCAAAUCAUAAGUAAGGAACAAGGCAAUGUAAAGGCACAGGGGGCCUCAGAUGUUGUGCUUUACAAGGUUGACGUGCCUGCCAACAGAUACGAUCUCCUGUGUCUGGAAGGAUUGGCUCGGGGACUUCAAGUCUUCAAAGAAAGGAUAAAAGCUCCAGUAUAUAAACGAGUAAUGCCUAAGGGAGAAAUCCAAAAAUUGAUUAUCACAGAAGAGACAGCUAAAGUACGCCCUUUUGCUGUAGCAGCAGUUCUCCGGAAUAUCAAGUUCACGAAAGAUCGAUACGACAGCUUCAUUGAACUUCAAGAGAAACUACACCAGAAUAUUUGCAGAAAAAGAGCAUUGGUUGCUAUUGGCACUCAUGACUUGGACACUUUAUCAGGCCCAUUUACUUUCACUGCAAAACGUCCUUCAGAUAUCAAAUUCAAGCCUCUGAAUAAGACCAAGGAGUAUACAGCUUGCGAACUAAUGAAUAUAUACAAGACUGACAGCCACCUUAAGCAUUAUUUACAUAUCAUUGAGAAUAAGCCCCUGUAUCCAGUUAUCUAUGACAGCAAUGGUGUGGUCCUCUCACUGCCUCCUAUAAUAAAUGGGAAUCAUUCAAAAAUAACAGUGAAUACUAGGAAUAUAUUUAUUGAAUGCACAGGAACUGAUUUCACUAAGGCAAAAAUCGUGCUUGACAUUAUUGUCACCAUGUUCAGUGAAUACUGUGAAAAUCAGUUUACAGUUGAAGCAGCUGAGGUAGUUUCUCCUAAUGGAAAAUCAAAUACCUUUCCAGAGCUGGCUUACAGAAAGGAGAUGGUGAGAGCUGAUUUAAUUAACAAGAAAGUUGGAAUCAGGGAAUCUCCUGCAAACCUUGCCAAGCUCCUGACCAGAAUGUGUCUGAAGUCAGAAGUCAUAGGCGAUGGCAAUCAGAUUGAGGUUGAAAUUCCUCCCACCAGAGCAGACGUUAUCCAUGCCUGUGAUAUCGUGGAGGAUGCAGCUAUUGCCUAUGGAUAUAACAACAUUCAGAUGACUCUGCCGAAAACAUACACCAUAGCUAAUCAAUUUCCUCUCAACAAGCUCACGGAGCUCCUCAGACUUGACAUGGCUGCUGCUGGCUUCACUGAAGCUCUUACUUUUGCCCUGUGCUCCCAAGAAGAUAUUGCUGAUAAACUUGGCUUGGAUAUCUCUGAAACAAAGGCAGUUCACAUAAGUAAUCCCAAAACUGCUGAGUUCCAGGUGGCGCGCACUACCCUUCUUCCUGGCCUUCUAAAGACCAUUGCAGCAAACCGGAAGAUGCCACUUCCUCUCAAACUGUUUGAAAUCUCUGACGUUGUAGUGAAAGAUUCUAGCAAAGAUGUAGGUGCGAAAAACUACCGGCAUCUCUGUGCUGUUUACUACAACAAGAAUCCUGGGUUUGAGAUCAUCCAUGGGCUGCUGGACAGAGUUAUGCAGCUGCUCGAUGUACCUCCUAGUGAGGAGAAGGGGGGCUAUGUGAUCAAAGCAUCGACAGACAAAGAAGAGAGCAGCAGGAAGUGGUUCUGCUCAGAUCUACCCAGAACGGACUCCCCAUCCUCAUGGCAGGCGGUUCUCUUCUUCAAGAAUACCUUCUAGUCUCCCCAGCUAAUAGACAGACACUUUUUUCUUAAUUGCCCUUAGAUUAAAUUUUAAUACUGCAGAUAUGCUAUGUAUCACUUAUGUGCUAUAUGCAUAGCAGUGUAUAUAAAAAUCUAUAAAACUUAAUUUUAUAUAUGUGGGUGUGUGCACCACUGGGAUCAAACCUAGAGUCUGUUACAUACUAAGUAAGUAAGCAACUUUUAUUUGUUCAGUGAAGGGUUAACAUUGACCAAACAAAUUUAAACUUUUAAAAUUGUGUUGGUUAUUUAUAUACUAUAAUAUGCAUCCUUGUGAGACUUCCAUAUAUGUACAUUACACAAAGUACUUUGAUCUUUCAUAAAAGCUAGAUGCAGCAUUUGUCUUACUUAGUCUUGUUUGUUUCACUUGAAACGAGGGUCACCAGCCAGGCGUUGUGGGGCACGCCUUUAAUCCCAGUACUCGGGAGGCAGAGGCAGGUGGAUCUUUGCGAGUUCGAGGCUAGCCUGGUCUACCGAGCAAGUUCCAGAACAGGCUCCAAAACAAUACAGAGAAGCCCUGUCUUGAAAAACAAAACAAAACAAAAAACAAACAACAACAAAAAAAACGAGGUCCAAUCCAUUUUCUGGUGAUCAAUUCCAGUCUUCCUUAUGGGUAGAUAAUACUCCACCAUGCUAACCUUGUAGUUUGGAAGUCAAACUUAAAAAGUACUUGCUGAAAAGUUUGGCUUUUGUUUUAUUUUGUUUAAUGUUGCAUGGUUUUGAUUUUGAGACAGGUCUCAUAGCCUAGGUUGGCCUUGAACUUGUUGCUUAGACUGAUGGUCUUAAACUACUGAUCCCUCUACUACAUUUCUUAUUUACUUAUUUUUGUGGGAGGUCUGGGAACAGAUUCCUACAAGUGUGGAGUUAUUGGGACCAAGGACACAUUGGUAUUUACACUUUUUAGACCUUUGAUUCUCAUACUGUAGGUGCAGCAGAUGAGAAGGCCUUGUUUACACUAAAUUGUAGGUCCUAUAGUUUGUUUGUUUGUUUUCAUUCUGUUUCCAGUCUCAUAGAUGGGAAAUGGUAUCUCACUGACAUUUUACCUGAAUCUUCCUUGUAUGAACAAAUGUGAUCAUAUUUUCUCAUUUAUGUAAAUUUUUAAAUAUCAUAUAGUCAUUCACUCAUUUCUUUCCUUCUGGAAUCUGACUUUCUAAGUUGGGAAGUUUCUCACAUUCGGAGUUCAGAAAGGAGUCCCCAUGUUCCCUUUGGCAUCACAUUCCAGUCUCCCAGACAUUUGCUGUUUACUCUGACCACAGUAAUGAAGACUGGGUUCCAUCUUUCUCACAGAGUGCUAUGUAGGUUGUUUGUAUUUAUUUGCAGUUAUUACUGUGAUUUUUGUUAAAUUGUACUAAUUAGCUUCCCAAAUUUACCGUAUUUUAUUGAUAAUGCUUUUUGAAAUUCAUGAAGAGAUUGAGGGGACAGUAUCUUAUGAUCACAUUCAAUUUGAAUGUUUAAAAGAUAAAAUAACUUUUAAAGGUCCUCAGUCAAAUUGGAUAUAGGUACAAAAAGAAACAUGAUUAUACUGAAAGUAGGUAGGAAUUAGAGUAAAGAUCCGACCCAUACCAGAGUAAAGGGCACAGGUUCCUAGCAUUACAUAGCUUGUUAGAAGCCCCUGGUUCAUUUAUAAAGGCCUCCAAUAUUCAGCUUCUUUCUUGAGAAGUAUUUCAAUAAAUUUGCAAAUACACACACACACACACACACCAGAGUUAAUAUCAUGAUAUUUUUAAUCAGCUAUAUCCAUCUCAGACCAUUAAAAGUCCCUUUUCUCAGCAUUAAAAAUAAGUUUAUUCAUAAUUAAAGUGGAAUUUAAACUGAGAUGAGACCUUAUUUUUCAAUUACAUAUUUAACCUGUGACUUUCAGAUUUCCUGCACAUGUAAUAUGUAGUCAGAGAGAUUAUGAAUAGUGUUUAUGCUAUAGCCAAGGAGGCCUAAAUCUGAGCUGGGAGUUCUGAAACAGUUUCAUGAAUGUAGUUUGCAUUCAGUUGGCAACUUGUGCACAGGUCCCCUGGUGUUUACGCUGGAGCUCUAGCAAAUGUUAGCAUCCUCAUCUCUUUUCCAGAGCACUUUACUAACAGACCAAUUCCUCAUCCAAAGGAUUUGUUGAGAGCAAGACAUUUGGACCACCUUCCUUCUCUUGGAAUGUAGCUUCUGCCAUUUCCCCUCAACAAAGUAGAGUCAUUCUGUAGUCCCAGCACCUCUUUGUUUGUCUCCUCCUUACUCAAAGGAGGGAUUGCUUUGGUGAUCCCACUGCCCAGACUCUAGUAGCUUAUCUGGCCUAGUUUAUUUAGGAAACUAGAAAGUUGAUAAAGAUCGCUGUUCACAUUUUUAGAGGACAUUGAGACAGGAUCUUGUACCUCAGACUCCUUAAUAGCUGAGGCUGGCCUUAAAAUCCUGAUCCUUCCACCUCUACCUUCAGAAGUUUCAUAUAUAUAUAUAUAUGCAUGUGUGUGUAUAUGCACAAAGAUAUUUAACAAGCUACAUUCUAGAAACCUUUAUAACUACUUUUAUUCCAAUUUUUAAAAUUGUAUUAAUUCAAAAUCUGCUUUGUUUAAAAAAGAGAAAUAUAUAUUUUAUUGUGAAUUUGGGCAGUGGUUCAUUUUUUGUUUUGAAUUUUCUUUUACUUAUAUACUACAACUUUGGGGAAACUUAAGAAAGAGCAGCAAGCGAUACAUGUUUAUAGAAGCCCAUUUACAAUAGUAAAUAAACUCUAAUAUAAUAUAAAGUACUUAAAGAAUUAUUUGGCAAACUGUGAUGUGUAAGCAUGACAAAAAUGUUUUUAAACAUGUGACUGUAAACAAAAUUGGAAAUGUAAUUAAAAUAAUAAUAAUGCAUUGCUUGGGCCAGUGGGUAAAGCUUACAGUCUUGAGUUCGAUCCUCAGGAGCCACAUGGUAGAAGGAGAGAACCCACUUCAGCAAGUUCUCUGACCUGCACAUAGUGCACAGGCACACAGGUGUGCACCCCUACAAAAUAAAUGAAAGCGUAAAAUGAAAACAGUACAAUGUACUGCUUAUUAGCCCUAGGAUGCAGGACCACCACCAGCUAUGGCAUAGUAAAACAACACUGGAUAUUGCCAUGUAUUUUCACCUUUACCAUGGAGUUAGGGGCUUUUAACUUACUUACUUUUAGGUAGGUCUUCACUGUUACAGCUCAGGCUGGACUUAGACUCUUCCUGCCUCAGUCUCUCAAGUAGCUGGGACUAAAGUGGUGUUGUUGAAUUCAAAGAAUUUUGUUAGCUACUUUUUUUGUAAAAUGACAAGUGUGUGUCCUGUCUGCACCAUAGUCUUAUUGGGAAAAGAAGAAACGGAUGAGGGUAUCAGAGAUGUGCAAAUUACUCAUCGGAGUAAACUUAAGAGAUUUUAGGUCUGCCAUCAGAAAAAGCAGCCCUGGAUGAGAGGGAGGACUUCUGGCCAGGAUUUAGGACCUGGAUUCUAGUCUGGAAUCUGUGGUUUACUUGAUGUCGGAUUCUCUCCUCCUGUGUGAGCUGUAGGACAGGCAGGUGGUCUGCAGGGCUGUUUCCAGUUCUAAGAUCUGUAGUUGAGCUCAGAAUGAGCCUCUGCUGUUGGCUCUGGUGCACUGCUCCUUUCCUGCCCGCCUACACUUUACACGGUGUGUCUGUAGUGCUAGCCUUGAUUUAAGACUCAACUGUAUUCCCUAAAGAUUCUUUGUUAUGUGAGGCCUUUAAAAAAUGCACUUCUGGGGUAGGAGAGAUGGCUCAGCGUUUAAGAGCACUUGCUACUCUUCUGGAGAACCUAGGUUCGUUUCCUAGCAUCCACAAAGGUGACUCAGAACCCUCCGUAACUCUCCUGACCUCUGAGGCAUGAAUAUGGUGUCCCUACAUAUAUGCAGGUAAAACACUCAUUUACAGAUUUUAAAGAUAAGUGUUUUUAAUGUAAUUUUAUUUCCCCAAAUGUGGGUUGUAUUCUGUGGUUGCAGUGUUGCUAGUAUUGUGUGGUAUUAAUAGCAUCACAGAGUGUACCUGGGUUAUGUGCCUAGUUUAAAGGUAACAAACUGUCAGCCUGCUCUGUUCCCUCUUUAAACUGCACUUAUUUAUCAUAAGCCAGAGGAAGUUUGCAAAUACAAGUUGGUGGGCAGCUUGGCCAGCAGCUUACAAGCAUCCUGCUGCAGCCUCAUGUGCCAUGGCCCUUCUUCACCUUUGGCUUGCUUUCUAGCCUAUAUUAUUGCUUGCCUUGGGCAAGGUUCCUAAUCUCCUAGUGCUUCUCUUCUUCCCAUCUGUAACUUGCAUUGCACAAGGGGUUUGGCCAGUUCAACACUCUGAGACCUCUCACUCCCAUUGGGGGAUGAGAGGAGCUGACCCGAUAGGAGGAUGCAGCCCCUUUCCCCUCUGUUCAUUAACUCUUAGGAAGUAGCAGCCAUGAGAGCAAAAACUGGAUUUGGUGCUAUAAUUUGAAAUAUUUCAUUAUAAGAAGAUUUUAGUGAGCGAAAGCAGGCUAUAUUCCUCUGACAGUGUCCACUGAGGAGUCCAGACUUUGCUUCCUAAGUGAAGGCAGGUGUAAACCACCAUGCCUGACAAAAGAUGCUUCUCUGUUAAGGACAUUUCUCUGUGAGAAGACGAGGUCAUCUGGGUUUUGCUGAUUUCUUGUAAGAGUCCCUGUCCUCAUUUGUGGUAGAGUAUAUGGUGCCAGGUUUUGAUCCUGGUGCCCUCCCCAAGCCAUGAGUUGGUAAGUUCCAAUUCUCUCUAGUCCCACUGCUUCCCUGUAAGAGUUAAUGGUGUCUGCAGGUGUGUUGGGAUUAGCACUGUAAAGUUGUGUAAGGGGUUUUUCUUUCUUUUGAUCUUCAGAAAGGGAUGAAAGAUGGUCAUUAAAUUCAAAGGAUUAGGUCCCCUCUCUUUAUAGACUUUAGGUACCAUAAAUAUUCACUUCAAAUGCAAGGUGAAGAAUUGUAUACAUCUGGUAGAAAAUGGGUGUUUUAUAUUACCAGUCGGAAAUUAUUCAGUCUCCCCUUACAAAUUUAAUGGUCUUUACAGAGGCAUUUUCUCCUGAGUGUACUGAGAUCAGAAAAAAAAAUGUUUUUGUGUUCAUAUCUUGGCUGUGAUGCUUUGGCUCCUUAGAACCCUGGAGCCUUUUCUUUUACAAGUUAACACCUGACCUAUGAUGAACUUCUUUCCCUCUUGUGUGAUUCUGUUGUGUCCUCAAAAAAUCUGCUUGUUCUAAAACCUCAGAACAAUGGUCCCUUAAGAAUGAAAUUGUGUGUUCAUAGAGGGUAUAAUUGAGUAGGAUGUAUUUGUUUACUUAUUUAUUUACUUAUCCUUUGAGAAGUGUGUAGGGUUGGGAUAGGCACCAGCCCCAAAGUUGUUAGACUGUUGACUGUUUUUCUUUUACCCUUAUUACAUAAUCAGUCAUUUUGAAGAGACUUAAGACAGAUUCAGUUGGCAUCUGCCGUUAUACAUUUUCCAUUUCAUCCUGAAUUUGGGGGUGUGUGUGGUGAAAGCUAUUGAGGGUGAUCUCUGUUAUUAGCAACAGCACAGUACUUUACCAGUCUUCUCUACCCUGUUAAUUUCAUUGUUUGUUGUUGUUGAUGAUGAUGUUCUUUCUUCUUUUUUUUACAUUUGGAUAAUAAAAUACCCCAUGAGUUUGAA